AUUAUAAAUUAACAAGCAAAGAUUCAUAGACUUGAAUAGUGUUCAAUUAAAGGAAAAUAUUAAUAAUUAGUUUCCUUAACUUUACUACCAACCUAUUGAAUAAAUCAAGCUAGAUAUAUACAUAUAUAAUAUUAAAAUGGCCUCCAUCGUCAUUCUCUUCUUGCUAAUGAUCAAACAACUACACAGGCUAUCGAAGAAGGUAUGAAGAAGAGCAUAACAAAAACACCAUGUUUUAUUUUUCUCCUUCUGCUGCUUGUACCACUAGCAAUAAACAUCCACAAGGUUAGAGGAGCCCGUGGCCUACCAAAUGACUUUUGGUCCAAUGAUUCCUACUUGGUUUCGGAUGGUAUCGACGACGUUGACUAUGAAGAUGAUAUGGGACUCAACCAAGCCUCCUCCUCCUCCUCCUUCCUCGUGCUUCCGAAAGGGUCCGAAUCGGAAGAGGAGGAGUGCGAGCAAAUGUAUGGAUUUUUGCCAUGCUCGAACAGCAUAUUUGGGCAUGUAUUUCUGAUAGUGGUGUAUGAAUACCUGCUGUUCCAUGGAGAGUCAUAUGUGGCCGCUGGGGGGGAGAAUAUUUUCAAGAUUCUUGGUCCUGGUGUUUUUGGGGCUAGUGCGUUCCAUGUCCUCGGUGCUCUUCCUGAGUCUUUGAUUCUUCUCGCUUCGGGGCUUCUAAACAAAAAAGAGAUUGCAGAAGAAUAUGUGUUCACUGGGGUUGGUUUGUUGGCUGGAUCAUCAAUUCUGGUCUUAACACUGCUUUGGGGAACUUGUGUUAUUGCUGGCCGCCAAGACUUUUCAAAUGUCUCCACAACAGCAUUGACACCUUGGCAAAGACUCCUAUCAUUAUUGACAAGUUGUGGUAUUACUACGGAUUUAGAGACUAGCUAUACUGCAAGGAUCAUGGUUUUGUCAGUGAUACCAUUUAUCAUAAUGCAAAUCCCCAAUAUCUUCCAAAUCUAUUCUGUGGAACGCAUUGCAAUCUUGAUUUCACUUGUUUUUUCACUUGUUUUUCUUUUCCUCUUCUUUUGCUAUCAGAUAUUCCAGCCAUGGAUUCAAAAAAGAAGUUUGGAAUACGUGAAACAUGGGCAUUUGAUGUUUAGAAUCUUACAACAUGUCCAAAAACGUGCUCUUGGAAGAGUCCUAACUAACACUGGAGCACCAAAUGUGUCUGCCAUUAGAAGGCUGUUCGAGGAAAUAGAUGAAGAUCGUGACAAUUUUAUAUGGACUUCGGAAGUAAAAGAACUGUUUCUUGAAAUCAAAUUUGAAACAGUAGAAGUGGAUAUGAAUAAAGCUAUAGCAGAGGUAAUGACACAAUUAGACCUUGAUAGCGAUCGAAAAAUCGCUCAAGAUGAAUUUGUCAAUGCCCUCACAAAAUGGCUUUGUAAGAUGGAGAGUUCUGAGGAUAAGCAGUCUUACUCUGCAAGAUCAUUAAGUGACAUACAUCAGGUCUUUCAACCUUGGAUACAAAAUAAAAGAAAAGAACGAGAAAUCAAGAGGAAUUUAAUGUCAGAAAUACAAAAAUAUGUUCAAAGCAAUGCAUUGGGAAGUCUAUUAACAGAAGAUGGAACUCCUGAUAUACGUAAUAUUAGAAGGUUGUUUGAAAGAAUAGACAAAGACAGAGAUAAUUUCAUAUCUCAAAAUGAAUUAAAAGAAGUUAUUGCAAGUAUGAAAUUUGGUAAUAAGAUGGAUGGUGAAGAAGCAGAGGAAGCAGUUAGAAAAAUGAUGGAAGAAUUGGACACAAGUGGAGACCAUUUGAUCAACGAGGAAGAAUUUGUGACUGGGUUUGCAAAUUGGCUAAAUACAUUUUAUAAUAGUGACAAUAAAACCACCAAACCUUCUCCGACUACCUCAAAUCAUGAGUCUCAAGAAGAUAUCUUCCAAAAAACUUGGGAGGAAAUUGAUAAGGUGGUGGAUAAUGAGGAGAAAAAGAAUGGAGGAGUUGAUAACUCUAUUUGGGGUUGGUUGAAAGCUAUAAUGUACAUUGUAGCUGGAAUUUGCAUGUUGGCGGUUUUAGCAGAACCUCUUAUAGAAAGCGUUCAGAAUUUCUCCAAAGCUGCUGGCAUUAACUCCUUCUUCGUCUCCUUCGUGUUGGUGCCUUUGGCUACCAAUGCUCGAGCCGCCACUUCUGCCAUCACCGCUGCUACUCACAAAACUCCACGAACUACGUCUUUGACAUUUUCUGAGAUAUAUGGUGGAGUUUUCAUGAACAACAUCUUAGGAUUUUCUGUGCUUUUGGGAAUUAUUUAUGCUCGAGAGAUGAGGUGGGAAUACUCUGCUGAAGUAUUGGUAGUUGUGUUUGUAUGCAUAGGAAUGGGUCUCAUUGCAAGCUUGCAGUCCUCCUUCCCUCUUUGGAUAUCAUUCAUGGCAUAUUUGUUUUAUCCUUUCUCACUUCUAUUGGUUUAUGUUUUCAAUAAUGUUCUCAAUUAUACUUGAUUAACGUCAAUUUCCUGUUUGGAGAUUAGUCAUGUAUUAUGUUGAUUCCACCGUGUGAUUAAUUGUGAUUAAAUUUAUUGAUUUCUGUAAUGUUAUAUGCAAUCAGUGACUAAUUGUCAAGAAUUAAAAUCUAC